AUGCAAAAGACUUUACUUUUAGAGAAUCUCGAUGAAGAAGACUGGCUAGGCGCAAGAAACUUCUGUAGAAUGCGUUGCAUGGACACCGUAUCUUUAGAAACAAAAGUUGAAAAUGAAUGGAUUAAAUAUAUAAUUCGAACCGAUAAUAUUACGGAAAUAUGGACAUCAGGAAGAAAAUGCGAUUUUCAGGGUUGCGAUCGAGAAGAUCUUCAGCCACUAGAGAUCAAUGGUUGGUUCUGGUCUGCUGUUUUCCAAAAACUUGCCCCAACUAUUGAGAGAGAGAAUAAUGAUUGGUCCUAUACUGGUGGAGAUGGAGUUCAACAACCGGAUAACCGAGAAUCAGCAAAUGGUAAAGAGGAAAACUGUAUAGCAAUCGUAAACAAUCGCUAUGGAGAUGGAAUUCACUGGCACGAUGAAGUAUGCGCUACGAGAAAACCUUUUGUAUGCGAGGAUAGUGCAGAAUUAUUAAGAUAUGCCCGAUAUAUUAGACCUGAAUUAAAUAUCAAGUAA